CGGGGAACAACACAAUAUAUACUUCGGGGAGUGACAGCUGACCUAUUGCUAACUAAAUCAAUCGUUCAUACCCUCUUCUACCCAAAUACUGAACGGAUGGGUAGAAGAGUGUGUGGCAGAGGACACAAGGAAAGACAGCGACACAGUUUAAGUGAUCAGCAGAAGUAAGCUAGACAGCUAGCUAACGUGAGCCGACGUUAGCUAGCUAGCCAGCUACCCAGUCAGAGAGAUAGCUACCGAUAGCUACACAACCAGGCAAGCAAGCCUGUGUAAAUUAGCUCUAGGUUACAGGGGGGCGGGUAGACAGCCAGUGCUAAUCGUAAACUAGCCGAAACACUGGAAGUACGUUUUCUUUGCUAGUAUGAGUGGACCCGGGCAAGACAGCGAGCCAGAGGCGAAAGUCCUUCAUAUCAAGCGGCUGUACAGAGCUGUAGUGGAGUCAGUGCAUAAGUUGGAUGUCAUCAUUGGCAGCAAGUCAUCGUAUAGGGAGGUCUUCAAACCAGAGAACAUCAGCCUCCGCAACAAGCUCAGAGAAUUGUGUGUGAAGUUGAUGUUUCUCCACCCUGUUGACUAUGGCCGCAAGGCAGAGGAAUUGCUGUGGAGAAAGGUCUACUACGAGGUCAUUCAGGUCAUCAAGACAAACAAGAAGCACAUUCACAGCCGCAGUGCUCUGGAGUGUGCUUACAGGACUCACCUGAUCGCUGGAGUGGGUUUCUACCAGCACCUUCUUCUCUACAUCCAGUCACACUAUCAGCUGGAGCUACAGGACUGCAUUGAUUGGACACAUGUCACAGAUCCACUCAUAGGUCGUAAGAAGCCAGUCUCGGCCUCGCCCAAAGAGAUGGAAUGGGCCCAGAUGGCAUGCCAUAGAUGCCUUGUGUAUUUGGGAGAUCUUGCUCGCUACCAGAACGAAUUAGCUGGAGUGGAGGCGGAGCAGUUGGCCGAACGUUUUUAUCACCAGGCCCUCUCUGUUACGCCACACGUUGGAAUGCCUUUCAAUCAGCUGGGUACGCUCGCUGGAAGUAAAUUGUAUAAUGUGGAGGCCACCUAUUACUACCUGCGCUGUAUUCAGUCGGAGACUCCUUUUGAUGGAGCCUAUGGAAACCUGAAGCGUCUGUUUGACAAGGCAGCGAAGAUGUACCAUCAAGUCAAGAAACAGGAGAUGAAGAAGCUCUCUCCCUCAUGCCAGAGGUCAAAAGACAUAAAACGAUUUCUCGUGAGCUUUAUGUACCUUCAGAGUUUGCUACAGCCCAAGAAUAGUAUGAUGGAGACGGAGCUGACGUCGCUGUGCCAGUCCGUGCUGGAAGACUUUAACCUGGUGCUGUUCUACCUUCCUGCGCCUGCCCACAGCGACCACUCAGCCAGUGAGGAGGAGGCAGAACACGACUCGGGCUCCUCGGUUCUCCCAGACAGCCUGGUCUUUAAGAUAGUGGUCACCUGCCUGAUGGUGGUACACAGCCUCAAACGAGGAGGUUCCAAACAGUACAGUGCCUCCAUCGCAUUUACCCUAGCUCUUUUCUCUCACCUGGUCAACCACGUCAACAUCCGACUGCAGGCUGAGCUGGAGGAGGGGGAGAGUGUUGUUCCACCACUACGGACUGACAACACAGAUCCAGAUUCCAGAGAGCUGGCCGGCACUGUGACUUUGGAAGACAGAACACUUCAGAACGGCUCGUUGGAAGAGGAAGAUGACGAAGAGGACGAGGAGGAGAAAGAAAACGACGAGGACGACCUUAAAGGAGAAAGGAGGAGAGUUGGGGCUAAGAAAGGAACGGAGAAGAAGCUGAACCAGGAGAAACAGAAACAGAAGAGGAAGUAUUCUCGCCUCUCCAUGCUCCGUCGCCGUCGCUGCGCUCGCAAAGAGGACGAAAGCGACCUGAGCGAAGGAUUCGAGAGCGACGAAGAGGACGACGAAGAAGACCUGAACCCGCUGGCUGAAGAAGGGAGCUGGGAAAGCGGGUCGGAGGAGGACGAGGGAGGCACGGCUUUCGACGUGGAGACGGACUCGGACAUGAACAGUCAGGAAUCUCGCUCGGAUUUGGAAGACAUGGAGGAUUCAGAGAACGCGGCUCAAGACCAACAGCCGGAUGACGAAGAGGAGGAGGAACAACGGCAGCCCAAUAGGGUGGAAGGCUCCACCCCACCAGCUACUAACGGCCCUCUGCUGUCCAACGAGGCCAGCAUCAGCAGUAACCUGCAGGCGAUGUCCUCCCAGCUGUUCCAGGCUAAACGCUGCUUCCGCCUCGCGCCCACUUUCAGUAACGUGCUGCUCCGACCUCAGAACGCCACUAACCCCACCCCUGAAUCAGACCCUAUCCCUUCAAAUGAAGCCACGCCUCCUCCAGGAGACCCGCCCAGCAACACAAGCCCCGACCCUGAGGGCAGUGAACACAGCAACGAGUCAUCUCGGAGUGAGAAGACGUUGCCCGAACGACUUGAAAUUCUGACCAAUCAGGGUCUUAUCCAGGUUGUGAAGAUCUUUGUGGAUUGGUUGAGGACAAAUACAGAUAUUAUCCUUAUGUGUGCACAGAGUUCUCAGAGCUUGUGGAACAGACUCUCCGUGUUGCUUAACUUACUGCCUGAUGGAAACAAAAUCCUAGAGGAAGAACUUGGUUUGAAUAAGGAGGUGAGAGAGCUCCUUAAUGACUGCGAGCAGCCUGGUUUGGUCCAGACACUGCUCCUGCCAGAGGACCUGGCCCUACGCCACCUCCCUGCCCUCAGCCUGGCCCACCGCCGCCUCGACUUCACCUGCCACAGACCCUCUCUCACGCCGCUGGACGAGUGUGUGGUGCGCUUGUGCUGCAUUCGCAGUUUUGGCCACUUCCUCACUAAUCUCCAGGGCAACAUAUUGCACUUCAACCCAGAGGCAGGCAUCUUCACCAGCAUUGGCCAAUCAGAUCAAGAGAAUCUGGUUCAGCAGGCAAAGGCCCAGUUUCGCAUGGCAGAGGAGGAGGCUCGCAGAAACCGUCUAAUGAGGGACAUGGCCCAGCUUCGCCUGCAGUUAGAGGUAUCUCAGCUGGAGGGCAGUCUCCAGCAGCCCAAAGCCCAGUCCUCCAUGUCCCCUUACCUGGUUCCUGAUACAGCUGCUCUGUGCCAGCACCUGGGCCUGCUCAGACAGCUGGCUGCCAGUGGCUGCUUCAUCAUCAUUAUCCCCCGCACAGUGAUUGAUGGGCUGGACGUGCUGAAGAAGGAAAAUGCCGGAGCACGAGACGGAAUCCGUUUCCUCGAGUCCGAGUUCCGCAAAGGGAACAGGUACAUCCGCUGUCAGAAAGAAUCUGGGAGAAGCUUUGAGAGAGACAAACUGAAACGACAGGACAUCGAAGCUUGGCAUCUUUAUAAGAUGGUGGACAGCUGUCGUCAGCUGACGGGCUCUCAGAGCAGCGGGGAUGAGGACACGGCGGGCAUGGUGACCGUCCUGACCGGACACACUCUAGACGAGCUGUCCGAGCGCUCCGCCCCGAUGAAGUCGGCCGUGCAGGCAGUGGCGGCGGCAGGCAUGGAGCUGAAGAAUAUCGUGGAGUUUUACCGCCAGUGGAAGGAGAUGGGCUGAGAGGGAGAGGGACCGAGGUCGGCCCGGCGCUCAGCUGAUCACACAUUCACUCCCUCUCUCUUUCUCUCGCUCGCUCUCUCUUUAUCUCUCUCUCUCUCUCUCUCUCUCUCUCUCUCCCACUCUAUUGCUCUGUCUGUAUCUGCGUCUCCAGCAAAGUAACUCAAAGAUUGAGGGAUGGAAAAAAUGGAGGGUACAAAAGUGAGGUAAAACAAAGGGGCAUAGGUGCUUAAAAAAAAAAACUAGCAGCUCCUCAACCCCAUCGAAGGAGGCGACUCCACAAAGCUGGAGUAAGACAGCGGGAUACAACACGGUCUAAGUGCCACUGGUUCACAAAGAGAACCAGGUAUAAACUGAUGAAAUGAGAAUAAACGUGUUGAGAGAGAAAAAAAACCACAUAUACACACAUACAUUUAAAUGGAGAAAUGAAACCCAUAAUUAAAGCAAAGUUGUUGUUU